AUGAAAUUAAAUAAAGCCAACCUUCUAUCUAUCUAUCUAUCUAUCUAUCUAUCACGUUCAACUUUUUCUUAUUUCAAAUUCUCAAUCUCCUUAUCUAUCUAUCUAUCUAUCUAUCUAUCUGUGCUAAUAUCUAUUUUUUUACUGUUUGUUCGUAUUUAUUUCAAUCUGCUUCUAUCUACACGCGCUAUUUUUUCUUCCUAUUUUCUACUUUUUGACGAUUCUUCUUUUCUUGUCCUUCUUUUGUGCUUUCUUUUUUUCUUCUUCUACUUUUCUUUUCUUUUUUUUUUGUCUUUCUUUUUCCUAGUAUUGUUUUUCUUUUCUUUUUCAUUGUACAACUUCUUCUCCGGUCCCGACAACUCUCUUACAUCCGGGUUACACUGUACUUGUCUUUCUUUGUUCGUCUCUUUUAUCUCCUUUCAUUGUUUUUUUCUUUUACUUUUCCUUACCUUUCUUUUUCGCUUUCCAUUUUCUUGCAUUGUUUUUUUUCUUUUCUUUUUCUUUUUUUCCCGUUUAUUUAUUGCUUUUCCAUGUCGGCUUUUCUUCCUUUCUUUCAUUUUUCUGUUUGUUUCUUUUUCUUUAUUUCUAAUUCCUUUUGUUUUCUUUAUCACUUCUCUAUUUCCUCUACUUAAGCUUCUUUCUUUCCUUCUUACUUUCACUAUCUCCCUCCCCCCUCUCUCUCUCUCUCUCUCUCUCUCACCUUUAUCUACUUGA